AUGCCCGAGCCCUCAAAGUCCGCUCCUGCCCCGAAGAAAGGCUCCAAGAAGGCAGUGACAAAGGCCCAGAAGAAGGACGGCAAGAAGCGCAAGCGCAGCCGCAAGGAGAGCUACUCCGUGUACGUGUACAAGGUGCUGAAGCAGGUCCACCCCGACACCGGUAUCUCGUCCAAGGCCAUGGGCAUCAUGAACUCCUUCGUCAAUGACAUCUUCGAGCGCAUCGCCGGCGAGGCUUCCCGCCUGGCGCAUUACAACAAGCGCUCGACCAUCACCUCCAGGGAGAUCCAGACGGCCGUGCGCCUGCUGCUCCCCGGGGAGCUGGCCAAGCACGCGGUGUCGGAGGGCACCAAGGCCGUCACCAAGUACACCAGUUCCAAGUGAGCCCGCCCACCGCGGAACGUUCGGUCAGUCUCGGCCCACACCCCAAAGGCUCUUUUCAGAGCCACUCAGUCUUCCCAAAGAGAACUGGCACUCACUGUUCUUACAGCAGGUAUUUCUUACUUGCUACAAAGACGAUUUCCAAGAUUCCUUUAGCCUUUUUAGAAACUAAUUUUGGCUCAAGCCUCUAAUCCCGGUUCGGGAAACCGAACCGGGUGGCUCACCUGAGGUUAGAAGUUCGAGACGAGCCUGGCCAACAUGGUGAAACCCGUCUCUACUAAAAAUACAAAAAAAUAGCUGGGCGUGGUGGCGGACGCCUGUAAUCCCAGCUACCCGGGAAGCUGAGGCAGGAGAAUCGCUUGAACCUGGGAGAUGGAGGUUGCAGUGAGCCGAGAUCGGGCCAUUGCACCCCAGCCUGGGCAGUAAGAGCGAAACUCUGUCUCAAAAAAGAAAGAAAAAGAAAAGAAAUUAAUUAGCACUGCAGUGUACUGCAUGUUGCAGCAACGCUUGAGACAAUUUUAUAUCUGAAGAAGGAUGAGGUUUAUCAUCAGACAAACCUAGUAAAGGGAAAAUUAAGUUCCUGUUGACCCCAAAGAAAACAUAAUACUUAAGUGUCAACUGGUAAAAUAUCCACAGUGCUUCCGGCGCUCUGUCCCUAAACUUCACGUGUACUUUAGUAAUGAAGCAGUUGGCACACACAGAAACGUACAAAUCGACUUGUUUGUUUUGAGAGUGGUGCUGUUUCUCCUCCCUUGUCCCCAGUUUGGAUUUGCUAAAUAUUAAGAUAGAAAGGCAGUUGAAAAAAGUUUGAACCCAGUUUACAGCACCGUACACGUCAGUCGGGCUGAGUUGAUGUCAAUGGCCAAUCCCGACACUGCGAGGGCAGUUUGAAACUUGGCCACCGUUUUCUCUGGAAGAGAAAAAGAAGAUUCACAGAGAGCAUUAAGAAGGCCCAUGGAUUCAGAAAGCUCAAGAUUUGGCUAAAAUUAAGAGUCAGCAACCAAUCUCCAGAACUAUCUAUAGCCACCACUUUUCACAUUAAGAUGAUCCUUCUCAAGCCAUCAGAGAACUAAGUGACAUCUGCAAUGAAAUGGCUUCACCGCUUCUGUCCUCGGGUAAUUCUGCAAUCUAUUUUUGCUGGAUCCAAUCCCUGAAGACCAUCCUGCCUUUCUAAGGGAUGCUUCUCUCUUUCAGCUACCUUCAUGUCUUUUAAUGCAAUUGUUGCUUCUUUCUGUCCUGGUGUUGUACUUUGGCAGUGGUCACACCCAUGGAGCACAGACUUCUACAAGGCACAAGGCAUGACUUUGAUUUUUCUGUUGUAAUUUGAUGGAAUUGGCCAGGCGUGGUGGCUCACGCCUGUAAUCCCAGCACUUUGGGAAGCCAAGGCAGGCGGAUCACCUGAGGUCAGGAGUUGGAGACUAGACUGGCCAACAUGGCAAAACCCUGUCUCUACUAAAAAUACAAAAAUUAGCCAGGCAUGGUGGCGGGCGCCUGUAAUCCCAGCUAUUCGGGAGGCUGAGGCAGGAGAAUCGCUUGAACCAGGGGGUGGAGGUUGCAAUGAGCCGAGAUCGUGCCAUAGCACUCCAGCCUGGGUGGCAGAAUGAGACUCUGUCUCAAAAAAAAAAAUAAUAAUAAUAAUAAUUGAUGGAAUUAAGAAAUAUUGAAAAAUAUAUACCAUUCACUGUGAGAAAAAAGUUCAACUCCUCAAACUGGGAAUCUCAGUCCAUUUUAUGUAUGAAGGUGAUGGCCUGCACUAACCUUUUGAGGCUGCUAUCAUCCUAUGCCUAUUUUAUGGGUGAAAAAAUUGAUUGACAGAGAAAGGGAGCAUUUUCAGUAUAUCACCUAGAGAAUCAGUGACAGGGUCAGUCUAUGAAUCUUGUGGUGGUGGGUGGACUUCACUGUAGAAAGGAUAGAUUCCAUGAUCUUUUGUACCAUCAAAUAAAAUACUUACAAACAAAUGAGAA